AAAAGAAAAAAAAAGAUGUUUUGAAAAAAAUCGGCGCGAAAUGAAAUUCUUGGCAGACACGUUUAGUCAAUAUAAAAUCCUCCUAAUUUUCAACUAAGAAAGUAUAUUCAGUGGUGGGAUUCAAGAGGUUCGCACCAGUUCUACAGAACCGUCUCACGGAAUUGUAUGAGAUCAGUGACCUGGUUAGCUUUACUGGUUACUGUCAAUUUUCUGUUUGUAACAGAACCGGUUGAAAAAUAUGACUUUUGUGAUGGAACCGGCUGACAAUAAUUUGAAUCCCACCACUGGGUUAUCCCGUGCCAAAUAGCGUUUCGUGUGAGACUGAAUGUGUUUUUACAUCACAUUUUUGUUUGGGUAACCAUAUAUAUUAUGUUUAUAUACAACUCUCCAAGCUUAAAAUUGAAUUCUUUUUUAUAUUUUACCUACCGGUAUUUAUUGAACAUUUAACCUCAUGUACAGAAAAGUCGAUCUGAGGAAGUCAAAUGCUGUGUUAAACCUUUUUUUGCUAGGGUACAAUGUGACCAAGUCACUGAAAAACUUUCCAAAUAUAUAGGUAUAACUAGUCUGGAGACAUGGUAAAGAGUUUCAAAUAGGUAUAUGACAACAAUUUUGUAAUCCAGGCAAAGGCUAUAAUAUUCAAGUAUUUCCUAUUUAUUAUAGAUUACAUUGUGAAUAAAAGGUAUAAUCUAAGAGAUACUUUAUAAGGUCCUGAGGUCUAAAAAUAUUUGAUUUUGAACAUGUAGUGUUAUACAUUUCUAGCUGACACCAGAUGGUUUUGGUUGCAAUGAAACAAUGACAUCAUAAUGAUUGAUCUCCUAUCUUGUGUUAAUAUGAUUUUUCUUCAUUGGAAAGAAUUCAAGGUGUAAUGAAAUGUAUUCUUUUUGAGGUACAUAGAAAUAUCCUUAUUGAAAAUGAUGGUUUUUUACCUUGAGUCUUGUUAUGUUAGUUUUUCAGUUUUCGAUUCUUACAGUGUCUUUUAUGAAGGCUGUUUGAUUUUGAUUGAAAUUUCUAAAAUCUACACCCUAAAUUUACAAGGAAAUAUUUUAACCUACCUUUACCAAAAUUCAAAAAUUUUGUUGUUAUAUCUGUGACACAUUGAACUUAUUUGUAUAUUUUGUUACAGUAUUAAAAAUAAUUAGAUUCUAAUUGUUACAUCUAUAUUUUAAAUGAAAAUAUGGUGUCAACACGUUCACAAAAUUCGCCUAGGAAGCCAUCCACCCCUGUGAGGAAAAAGAGACCUAGAAAAAAACUGUCUGACGAAAUCAUCAGCGAUGAAGACAGUGACACAGAACUAAGAGUCCGGGAGGAUCAAAUUCCAUCUGAAAAUCUAGAAACAAUAAAUGAAGAGAACGAAGAGAUUGAAAUGAGCAAAAAUGAUGACGACAUCAAAACAACAGUUAAAUUUAAUGAUUUGAGACAGAAACGGUUGCCACAAGAUGACUUUUCACACACAAUAAAUAAGAUGCCUAUCAAGUUAUUAGAAACAAUUACUGAAGAGACUGCUCAUGAUGAUAGUGGUAGGGUUGGUGCAGAGAUUGGGGCAGAUGAAAUUCAAGUUAAUAUUGAAUCGUCAUCUUCAGAAUCUGUAAAAGUGGAUUCAAAUGAUUCUAGUACAAAAAAGAAGCAUAGAUUUCAUUUUCCCUCCUCUAAAUUAUUGGUACCAGCAAAUAUAACCCCAACGAGCAUAGAUGUUGGCAUGGAAAUGCAAGAUACUUAUAUAGAUGUCAAAUCAGCAAAACAGGGGAAGAAAAAAAUAGAAAGCUUAUUUGCAGAAGUUACUGUUAACAAAAAAGACUCUCAGCUUAAAGAUUCUGUAAUUACUCCAGAUUUUGAAACUAAAUUAGCUAUUCCGUCUGAAAAAUCUUUGCAACAACAACGCAAAGAAAGAAAAGAACAACAAGAAUCAAGUGCUGGGAAAGACUGGUUUAAUAUGAAACCACCUGAAAUGACGAGAGAUGUUAAACGAGACUUGGAAAUAUUGCGAAUGAGAGGUGUCCUGGAUCCUAAAAGAUUUUACAAACAUAAUGACAGACAAACUAUACCACGAUACUUUCAGAUUGGUAAAGUUAUGGAUAGCCCUGCUGAUUUCUAUUCAUCUCGCGUUCCUAAGAAGCAAAGAAAACCAAAUCUUACUGAAGAGCUCCUUGCAGAUGCAGAAUUUCAGCAGUAUCAAAAACGAAAAUACAAUGAAAUUCAAAUGAAGAAGAAAGCUCUUGGUGCUAAGCAUCGUAGGAUGAAACGAGGGAAAUUUUCUAGAAGAAACAAAGAUGACUGAAUUAUGGAAGCUUUGAUCAUAUUUGGAUAAGAAACGGCUAGUUUUCCUCAUAGGAGUCUUUUAGGUAACUCAAUUUUUUCAACUAUUCUGUCUGACAUGAAAUAUAAGUGGAAAGGCAUCAACCCCCAAUCAAUUCAGCAAAGAACAGGUGAGCAGCAGGUCAUUGGAGAUCGCUGAAACUGAAUACUGCUGCAGACAAGUGUUCUAUUCAAAAAAGCUGUUGAUUGUAUAUUGGAAUUGAGUAUACUACAAUGCUGCUCUCUAUCGCCCAAAUUGUACCUCGUCUGCACGUCAGCCAACGCUGAAUUUGUAUAUUUCUCUGCUUCACAAUCUGCAAUAAAUUAAAUUAAUGGAAUGCCUGGG